GUAGGUGUAAACAAAGUAGUAGUGGUGGUGGUGUUGAGGAGGAGGUUGAUUGUUUGUUUGUUUGUUAAAUUACAAUUCUCGAGUUGCGAGUGGAACUGUAAUUGUUUUCAGCGUUCUGUCGUUACUACUGUUGUUUCGUUUGUCGUUCGUGUUCGUAGUGCUGGCGGUCGUUACAGCGUAACGGCGUAACCUCAAAUUAAGAAAGAUCUUGUUGGUGGGUGCUGCAGCUUUCUAAUAGUAUUUUCGGUGUGGUCGGUGAAUGGAAGAAGCAUGCCUGUACAGCCGACGCCACCUCCAGAUCAGACGCCAGAGGUGUCACAAGCAAAGUCGAUAAUAGUGAUCCACCCUGGCUCUCUGAACUUGAGGAUCGGGAGGGCCGCAGACGUGAACCCCCUGAGCGUGCUGCACGCGAUUGCGAGACGCAGGCUUCCCGGGGGUUCGAAGCAUGUCGAUCCAUUCCUGCCACCUCGGGUGGAUUUAGGUGCUGGUCAGCAGGAGAUCGAAGAUGCGAGGCUGGGAGUGUCGCACACCCUGCAAUCCUGUUUGCAGUCGGACGGUCGGAGACGCUACGCGACGCCUCCACAGCAGAUAGCCGCAUUCAAUAGGCGCUCCACGCCGGAGACGAUCGCAGCGUCCGGCGGGGAAUGGGUCAAGAUCGAAGGCGACAUCGUCAUAGGUAACGACAUCCUGCGGCUCGAUCCGCUGGACGAGUUCAACGUGCACUUUCCGUUCCGUCGUGGCGAUUUCAACGUGCACUCCGGUCCCGGUGGCUCGAUGACCGCCAUCCUCACCGAUCUCGAGGUCAUCUGGACGUACAUCCUGGAGACGCACUUCAUGAUACCCAGAAAGGAAUUCAAGAACUUUAAGGUUGUGCUCAUCAUCCCGGACAUUUACAAUAGGACGUACCUCAGAGAGCUGAACACUCUGCUGCUGCUCAAGAUGGGCUUCGGUGCCGCUUUCCUGCUGCAGGAUCACGUCGCUGCCACUUUCGGUUCGGGACUGAGCUACGCUUGCGUCGUCGACGUGGGGGAUCAGAAGACGUCCGUCUCGUGCGUCGAAGAUGGCAUAUGUCACAGCAACACCAGAGUUCGGAUGGAUUAUGGGGGUGCCGAUAUCACGCAGACUUUCUUCUGGCUUCUGCAGAAGUGCGCCUUUCCCUACAAGGACUGCUCCGAGAGCAACAAACUCGAUACCAUGUUGCUGAGGAAGCUGAAGGAGGAACUCUGUCACGUCAACUUGGAUAUUUGCGGCUCGCAGGAGAAGAGUUUCACUCUGCAGCAGCCCGGCAUGGAGGUGCUGCAGUUCACCAUUCAGGUGGGCGACGAGUGCAUCGUCGCUCCUCUCAGCCUCUUCACGCCCGAACUCUUCGGCGUCACCGGUCCCAAACUCGUGCACACCCAGAAGAGAUCUCUCGGAGAUCCGGAAGAUCCGCACGACGAGAAUUACCUGCGGGAAAUCAGAAGAAAAGGUAUAAAGGAGAGCCUCGAACCGACCACGUCCGACAUGAAGGAGCCCUACUUCGAGGAGGCCAACGCUCAGGCUACCAACGACGAUGACAUCGUCGUGGACGCCAUCGACACGGCACCGCAGCCGGCGGACAAAGAGUUCGUCAUAAAUCCUGGUCAGAUCCUCGGGCUCGAUCAGGCUGUGCUUCAGAGCAUCGACCGCUGUCCGAACGAGGACCUCAAACGGAAGAUGUACGGCUGCAUCCUGAUAGUCGGCGGUGGCAUGAAUUUUGCCGGAAUCGGGACUUGGCUGCAGAACCGCAUCAGUCUGCAGAUACCGUACUUGUAUAGGGCAGAGCAGCUGGACAUAAUUACGAAUCCGCGCGACAUGGACCCCUCGAUGGUAGCUUGGAAGGGUGCCGCGAUCCUCAGUUGCCUGGAGACGGCCCAGGAACUCUGGAUCGGCUCCGGUGAGUGGGAGAAAUGCGGGGUGCGUAUCCUGCGAGAACGCGCCCCCUUCCAAUGGUAAUUGGAUUUACAAUUCAGAAGAUGUAAUCCUAUUUUAUAGGAACAACAAUUAUGAUCUCAUUUACAUAAUAAAUAAAUAAAUAAAAAUAGUAAUAGUAAAUAAAAUAAAUAACUAAUAAUCAUAAUAAUAGGCGUGGAAAAUACUAUUGGAUAGGCGUGGUUUUGCAGAGGAUUGUGGGCGGACGGUGGUGUUGGAGAGGAGAGCGUCGAACUACAGCAAAACAUAAAUAAAUAACAUAUCGUCGUCAUUCUUUUAUAUAACAAUUUUUAUGUAUCUUUAUUGUAAUGAAAAUAACCUGGUCAACAUUGUAUAAAAAAGUUUCGCUACUUAUUUCAUAUACAUAUGUAUAUAUAUAUAUAUAAAAUAUACAUACAUAUAUACAAAAAACACUUGCCAGUAGUAGUAGUAAAUAUUAUAUAUAUAUACACACAUUAUACAUGUACACAUUUUGUUAGCUUUUUUUUAUAUAUAUAUAUAUAUUUAUAUUGUAUGUUUGUUUGUUUUUUUUUGCCGAAUUUUUCCUUCAAGCAAAACCAUUCAUCGCGUGUAAAUAA